AUGAUUGAAUUGUUUAGGAGUAGGGAUGAUGAUGAUAGAGUAUUGGAAGAGAAACAAAAAGAAAAUUCUGUUGCAGAAGUAGGAAAGGCAGUAGAAAUGAGGCAACUCUCAAUGGAAACAUUGGCUGAAAGCAGAAAAAGAAAGUCUGAAAGUAAAGAUGGUGAGAAACCUAAAAGAAGAGUGUCAACCACUGGUAGUGAAACAAUUGCCUAUUUGCAAAAGAAGUCGGAUGUAGAUGCCCAACUUAAGAGGGAGGAAUUGAGGUUGAGACAAAUUGAAGCUGAAGAAAGAAAGCAACAGCAAAAUAAUAUUACUUCACAGCAGGAUGCUCUUACUAAAGCCUUGACUGACAGCAUUGCUGCACAACAAAUGCAACAGGAACAACUCGUGCAUCAAAUGAAUGCAACUCCCAAAAUACAGCUCUCCUGUCACUGA